GGAUGGCCACAGAAAAUAGAUCAUGAUACUGGUAUUAUUCAUUUACUACUUAACAACAUAAUCUGAUCUCAUCAAGUUACCAUGGCCGACGUAGAUCCCCAGCUACGACUUCUGAAGCGCCAGUACUUCCAGCUGUUCGAGCCAGAUUUCCUAGCAUGGCCCCACCCACAGCUCCUCAGGCGUAGCGAUGCACAGGCCUGGCUGUUCAAACACCUGUUUGAUGAGACCCGUAACGCCCAUCUGCCGCCAGAGAGGUACCAGCUUCGCGUCCUACGACCGCUCGUAGCUCGGAUUGAGAAGUCUAUCCAGGACCCGGAGGAGGAUGAAAUCUCGGAUGAUCUCAUGGGCCGCAUUGGUGCUCUCAUGACACAUGGUGUACCAUCUGAGUUUGAGACAAUGAAAGAGCGAGCAUACGUUACAUUCACCUGCCUACCUGAAAGCCAGAUGCAUAAAUAUGAGGGCGACGACGGAAUCACUGGAGAAGAGCCCACAAUCACGUUACUAGAGAGGCGAAAUCUAAUAUCCGGGUCACGUACGACUGGUCACCGUACCUGGGAAGCAGCCUUACACCUCGGUUCAUAUCUGUUGACUAAACCAGGUCAUGAUAUAAUCGCAGGGAAAUCGAUCCUUGAGCUUGGCGCUGGCACAGGCUUUCUCGCCAUCUUGUGUGCCAAACACCUAGGUGCCAGGCACGUGACCACCACGGACGGGGAUGAAAGUGUGGUCGACUAUCUGAAAGAGAACCUUGUUCUUAAUGAUAUCGAAGAAAGAAAAUCAGUCACGGCUAGAACAUUGUGGUGGGGAGAAGAGCUCAAAGGAACAUGGGUUGAAGAAGAGUGCUCCUCGGACCCCUAUGAUGUGGUGAUCGGAGCUGACAUCACAUAUGAUAAAGAGGCUAUCAAGGCUUUGAUACAGACUCUUCAACACUUGUUUCAAAUGAGACCCGGGCUCUUAGUCAUCAUCGCUGGUGUUGUUCGAAACGCAGACACCUUCCAAACCUUCCAGAACGAGUGUGCUCAUUCCAACUUUGCUGUUGAGGAGAUAACAUUUCCCGCCAAGCCGAUGCGCGAGCAAAAAGCCUUAUUCUACGCAGCUGCGGUACCCAUUAGAAUAUUAAGGAUCACUUCGGGAGGAUAGAUACACGCAUUCUAUAAUGCCAUUCACACAGACCUCAUAUCAGUAGUAUCUCGCGUGAAGCUGAAAAUCACCGAAUCGGCUAAGAAUAGUGGCUUUGAAAUGGCUACUUCCAGAAUAAGCUGAACGCACCUGGGCUGAAAAUUAUUAAUUCAUCUUUGUUGACGCAUGCCUAUAUUGGGCUUCCUGAGUAUCCAGGUUUCUACACGCUCAUUAUUGCCCAAUGCACCGGUUUAACAUCUAAGUGCAAGCAAUCAAAGCUUUCAGGCUCAUAAUAACCCA